AUGUCGAGCUCGACGCUCAAAGCUGUAGAACCUCCAGUAUCGACAGCUCUACCCGGCGAUUCGUUUCAAUUACUCCCCGAAGCCGCUAAAGCAGGCCAGGCGGAAGAUGCGCUCUUCGAAGAGCAGGUACAAGCCGUGAAGGACUGGUGGGCUUCGCCACGGUACAAGGGCAUCAAGAGGCCAUACUCUGCAGAAGAUGUUGUGAGCAAGCGAGGAUCGCUCCAACAAUCAUACCCUAGCUCGUUGAUGGCACGGAAGCUCUUCAAUCUACUCGAAGAGAGGGCAGCAAAGGGCGAGCCAGUACACACCAUGGGUGCAAUUGACCCUAUCCAAAUGUCGCAACAGGCUGCAAACCAAGAAGUCCUCUACGUCUCUGGUUGGGCUUGCUCGUCCGUCCUGACUACCACAAACGAAGUUUCAGCCGACUUUGGCGAUUACCCAUACAAUACCGUACCAAACCAAGUGCAGCGCCUCUUUAAGGCUCAGCAGCUACAUGAUCGCAAGAACUGGGACACCAGAAGGAAGAUGAGUGCGGAGGAAAGGGCAAAGACACCUUACUUGGACUAUAUGCGACCCAUCAUUGCUGAUGGCGAUACUGGCCAUGGAGGUCUAUCAGCAGUCAUCAAGCUGGCAAAGCUCUUUGCAGAGAAUGGAGCCGCGGGUGUUCACUUCGAGGACCAACUCCAUGGCGGCAAGAAGUGCGGACAUCUCGCUGGAAAAGUCCUCGUACCAGUCGGAGACCACAUCAACCGCCUCGUAGCUGCAAGAUUUCAAUGGGACAUGAUGGGCUGUGAAAACCUAGUCAUUGCACGUACCGAUUCGGAGAGCGGCAAGCUCAUUUCCAGCGCUGUCGACGUGCGAGAUCACGAGUUCAUCAAAGGUGUCACAGAAGACACCGAACCGUUGGCCGAGACACUACAGAACAUGGAAGCAGCAGGUGCGCCGGGCAAGGAAAUCGACCAGUAUGAGGCAGCAUGGGUGAAGAAGCACAAGCUUGUUACCUUUGACGAGGCCGUUGUCCAACACCUCGAGAAGGAGAGCGCAUCCCAAUCAACAAUCGAUUCAUACCUCGCCGAAGUCAAGCAGAACCCCGACUACUCUCUUCUCAAGCGUCGAAAUGUGGCAGAAAAGUACACCAAGACACCAGUCUACUUCAACUGGGACAUUCCACGCACAAGGGAAGGUUUCUACCACUACAAAGCUGGCGUUGCCGCAGCGACAAAGCGCGGCAAAGAAUAUGCUCCUUACGCCGACCUGCUCUGGGUCGAGACGGGCGACCCCAACGUCCAAGAAGCCGCCAGAUUCGCCGGCGAAAUCCGCGCUGUCCACCCUGGUAAGAAGUUUGUUUACAACCUUUCCCCAAGCUUCAACUGGAUGGGCCAAGGCUUCUCUGAGGAAGCUCUCAAGUCAUUUGUCUGGGAUCUGGCGAAACAUGGCUUUGUGUUCCAACUUAUCUCACUGGCGGGUAUACACUCUACUGCCACGAUCACAUGUGAACUAAGCAGGGCUUUCAAGGACGAGGGUAUGUUGGCGUAUGUCAGGUUGGUACAGUCGAGGGAGAAGGAGCUGGGCUGCGAUGUCUUGACGCAUCAGAAGUGGAGUGGUGCUGGGUACAUUGACGGCAUCUUGGGCGCGAUACAAAGCGGAAGUUCGGGAAGCAAAAGUAUGGGUGAGGGUAACACAGAAACAGGAUUCUAAGACCCCGUAGAGUUAACCAGUUGAAAUGUGUAUAUCGAGAAACACA